AUGCGCUGGCCACUCCUACUUACCCUCGUACUCCAAGGUGCACACGCUGCACCAUCUAUUCCACCAAGCCCACCACCAGGCCUACCGGGAACGUUUGUCCCCUUUUCCCGUUUGCACGAAUGUCCACCGUUACAGCGCCGCAAUGCUGUGCCAUCCUCCGCCGACGAUGUGAGGCCAGACGAUAUCACUGUAGUCAUGGCCAUGGGAGAUUCCAUUACUGCGGCCUUCCUCGCCAAGUCCGGCGGCUGGGCGAUCGGAAGCGGCGGCGAGAUCCCCAGUAGUUGGAGGAGAGAAGCCGAUGGACAAGCCGUGUUUGCGACAGUCACCCCCGACGCCGAAGAGUUCCGCGGCGUGUCGUACGCUGCCGGUGGAGACGCCGGUGCCAUCACAUUGCCGAACAUCCUCGCCCACUACAACCCCAACGUCACAGGUGCGGCGACCGGUCACCACCCACCGGUCUCGUGUGGGCUUCCGGGCAUGUCGAGGGUGUGUACCCCACACAGCGAUGACGACAGGCUCAAUGCGGCAAUCUCGGGUAGUGUUGCAGCCGCACUUGUGGGGCAAGCAAGAGACUACUUGCUGCCGACAUACGAGGAGACGGAGAAGCAGGACGGCUGGGCGUUUCUCAACAUUGGCAUUGGGGCAAAUGAUAUCUGCGCGUUCUGCUUGUCUUCCACUCUGCCCUUUGGGCCAGGUAGUCCAGAAGAGUUUGUCCAAGGAAUCCGGGAUGCAGUCCAGCUCGUUCGAAAUCACGUACCCAAACUCAUCGUUAACAUCAUGGGAGUCCUGCGUGUCUCGGCCAUCUACAAGCUCACCCUCACGGACCCAUACUGCCAGGGCCCUCUCCCAUUCCCGCAUAUCUCUGUCGAGUGCAGCUGUGCCCUCAUCCCCGGCCUUGUGGGCGACUUCACCCGUUGGCGAAUGGACAAUCUCGCCGAGGCUUACGACACGGCGGUGCUCGAGCUUAUUCGCGAGUGGGAGGCAGAGGACGACUCCACGUUUGCGGCUGUUUGGCAACCGGGUUCGGCAUUCGACCUCGAGCAUUAUCCCAUCACUGCGCUGAGCCCGGCCGACUGCUUCCAUCCCUCCGAAGCAGCCCAUGCGCGGAUCGCUGCUGGAGUGUGGAACCGCCUGACCAUGGAUCCGGGCGAGAAAGCCAUUCCAGUAAAGUGGGAAGAGGAAGUCAUGGUCCGCUGCUUGGAAGCAGACGACCGCAUCAACAUCCGCCAGCCGCGUUAA